AGUUAGAAUUCGAUGAAUUCAAACACCACCGCUAUAAAUAGCUCAAAACCCACAUUUUUGUCUAAAAAGUAAAAUAAAAAUCUAAAUUUACAGACAUAGCAACAAUUUUAAGGGAAAAAUAAAGACAAACUUUCUCUCUUUCGUUCUCCGAUUUGCUCGCUCGGUAAUUUACGCGCUUUCGUAGCCUAUUUCGAGGGAUUUUUUGGGUUUCAUAAAGCAAUGAGCGACCACCUGGUGUUGUUCGUUGACCGUCUGAUUAGGCCUGGAGCUGUGCAACCGGUGGCGCUGGACUCGUCUGAGAAUGUUUCUGGCUCGGUUGGUGGUGCUGCUGCUAUUGAUGGACCCGGCUCGAAUGCAGCUGCGCCAUCUAGUUCCGUGACGGAGGAUAAAAUGUUGGAGCAAGAUGAAGAUUUGGGUGAGGAGGAACCGCUGAUUCAGACGGCGGAAUGUCGUAUAUGCCAGGAGGAGGAUAGCCUGAAGGAUUUGGAGACACCUUGUGCUUGUAGCGGAAGCCUUAAGUAUGCUCAUAGGAAGUGUGUUCAGCACUGGUGCAAUGAAAAAGGAGAUACAAUUUGUGAGAUCUGUCAUCAGCCGUACCAACCUGGUUAUACUGCUCCUCCUCCACCUCCUAACCCCGAUGAAACUGCCAUUGACAUAGGUGGAGGCUGGACCAUAUCUGGGACUCCUUUGGAAUUGGAUCCUCGUCUCUUGGCAAUUGCAGAGGCAGAACGUCACUUUUUAGAAGCCGAGUAUGAUGACUACGCUGCUUCUAGUGCCAGUGGAGCUGCUUACUGCCGCUCAGUUGCCUUAAUUUUAAUGGCCCUUCUUCUCUUGCGACAUGCAUUGGGCAUUACUGAUCCCGAUGCAGAUGAUGAAACUUCUGCUUUUUUCUCUCUUUUCUUGCUCCGGGCUGCUGGCUUUCUUCUACCAUGCUACAUCAUGGCUUGGGCCAUCAGUAUGUUACAGCGUCGAAGGCAAAGACAGGAAGCUGCAGCAUUGGCAGCGACACAAGUUGCAUUUGUUUUGCAAUCUGGACAACGUAGAGGUUUGCAAUUUGCAAUAGCAUCAGGACGCCCAGCAGCACCGUCACCACCAACACCAAUAACUGGUCCAGCAGUGAGUUCAGCUGAAGAAGCUGUUUAACGUUGUAAUAGGCAACAAGAAAUUCUUGGAAGUUGCAUGUGUUAUUAUCGCAUGGGGAGGGAGAGUGAUUCAGCGGAAUGUGAUUAAAAAUAAGUGGAAAACCUUUCCUCUGUUUAAAUGUAUGAAUUAGAUUUUUAAAGAAGAGAAAUUGGUGCGUGGGAAGUCUAUUUCAUUUCAUCAUUGAAAUGGUGGCCACCAUCACCCGCCACCCACUUCCUCUUGGUUGGUGAUGUGGUACCCAUGUUGGUUUCUAUAAUUCUAUCUAUCUUUUUUUCUUUCUAUCUCAUCCAUUUCUAUGUAAAUAUCGAUUUCAAACAAGGGAUAAACUAGAUACCUCACGGUUGGAGUGUCUCGUCGUGUACAGCAAUGACAUCUGUCUCUAGCUGUAUCUUUUGUUUUGAUAUUAGGUGUGUUUGGUUGGGGUAAUGGAACAAAAAUAAAUUAAUUUUUAUUUCAUUUGUUUA